GCGACCUGGUGGGAGUGGAGUAGAGCGGCCGUUGUUGCCGACUCUUUCCUCCUCCCCACGGUCCAGACAGCGAGUUGAUUUAGGCCGUCGGCCCUCGAGCCGAGACUUGUCUCUUAUUUAGUUCUGGGGGAGCGCCUGGCCGACAUGAGUGAUGUAGAGGAGAACAACUUCGAGGGCAGAGUGAGUACAAAGCCGCGGGAGCCGUCUUCGGCGGCGGCCCGAUGCUCGGGGUUUCACGGGACGAGCGCGGUCGGGCAAGGUUGCGGGGAGACCUGCGGGGGCCCCGCUGGGGAGUAACCUUUGGAGUCAUCGCCAUUGCUUCUUCUUCACAUCCCAAGAUGGCUUCUGGGUUCCACUCCUUCCCCAAGUACUACGAAUACCCGUCCUCCCCUCCUGUUUUGGGGUAGUGGGGAGGGGACUGGUACCUCAACUUGGUCCUGUCCCUCUCUGUCCCUCUCUGUCCCGGCCCCCUCCCCAGCCCUGUCCCGAGGUCCGGUCCGUGUCCCGCGGUGGGCGGGAGGCGGCGGCAGGGAGUUCCCCUCCCUCCCUCCCCUGGGGCCGGAUAGUGGUAGGUGCUUCCUGCGGUGGCGAUGCCGGCGACCCCCGAACCUCGUGGAGGUCUCGGGGGCCAAUGCGCGGGGACUAGCUGGGGCCUGUGUCUCCUUGGCUCUCUAUUGCAGUGAGCGGCCGCUUCUCCGUCGGACCCGGCGGCGUUGCGUCUAUAAAGGCGAAAAGCCUUGAGGUUGAAGGUGGGACGAGCCCCAUGAAGUGGUUAGUCAACGAUCGCACCGACCCUUAAGCCUUCUUAAGCGAGAGCUGUGAGGGAAAGCCGCGCCAGGAGCCCUAAUGUCCCCCCUUUUCCUUUGCUUUCCCUGCGAGAUGAAUGUGUGGGGGCAUGUACUCACGCCUUGUUGUUCUCAUUCCGUGAUGUUGGGUGUUGUACUCUUCUUUAUUUUUCAACUUGUAAUGCUUUUCUUCCUAUGACCUUUCAUCUAAAACCUGACUACUCCUUUACAGGUUUUUUUACGGUAAAAAAAAAAAAAAGAUUUUUUUAAAGGAAUCUUCUUACUGUAAGCUUACAUAACUGAAUGAAUUUCAUGGCUCAGUAUUUUAAAAAUAGCUAGUCAGUUUAUACUAUUUUAGAAGAUUAUCUUAAAAAUUACAGGUCCUUUGCCAUUUCUUCUCAGAUUUUUCCUCUUCCCUCCCCUCUCCCCCAAAGAGGGCUCGGAAGGUUUGCCUUAGGUUUGGGAUCAGAUGAAUGUAAACAUCACAAAAAAAAGUCGCUAUGCUCAGCUUAAGUGCACUAGAACGUUUGUCGGUGUUUUGAGUUAUUUCCGAAGUUACCCUAGUAGUGGAAAUUAAUAGGAGUGAGUGUGAAACCCUGAAAAGAAAACAAAAGCCCCAGGCAACAGAAUCAGGCUGUUGUGUUGGUAUUUAUUCCAGUCACUAGGGGAAACACAUAAAAACCUGAGGGGUAUGCUGGAAGGAAUGAAUUUCUUUUUGGAAAUUCAUAACAAAAACUCUUGGAAUCUGUCAUAUCCGAAGGUCGAUUUAGACUUUUCUUCUUGAGAGAUUUAAAGCAAUAGAAUAGGAACAAAACUACAUUUAAGAUUGGAUUUGGAUGAAAUUUGGAGCCUGGAUAUAGUUGAACCCGCAUAUGCUUUAGGAUGUAUCUAUUGUCCCGAGAAGAUUUAAGGUCAUACAAUUAAAAUAUUUGGAGAUAGUUGUAUUUAUUAUUUUGAAAAUGUUUGAGAAGUUAGGGAAAGAAAAUUUGCCAUCUUUUUGUUUAACUUUAACAAAGAAUUUUUGUGAAUGCUUGUUUUCAUUUGGUUUAUGGGACCUGAACUACCAAUGGAACUUUUAAUUUAGUUCUUACUUUUAUGUCAUCUAGUGGACCCAUCUAAGUACAUGUAAGAUUUCCAUCGAGUUGAAGCUAAAAUUUAGGCAUUGCCCUAUUUAAUUAAAAAAGGGGGUAGGGGACGACCUGUUUUUCCCCUUCUGAUUUGUGUGGUCAUAAAAUUUUUUUUUCUAAAAUGGUACCUCAAGUGUAUCUUAGUGUAAAUCAAAUCAGUAGAUUGAAUAGUCAGUACUUGUAAUUGGUUGAAGAAUUAGAAGAAUGUUUGAAGCUUUUCUGGAGGUUUUCCUGGUUGGGGUUUUUUUGGUUUGUUUUUUGGGGUUUUUUGGGCAGUAGUGGGAAUCAAACACGGGACCUUGUGCAUGCUAGGCAAGCACUUUACCACCAGACUACAUCUCCAGCUUCUCCAGUUUAAUAUUCACUAGUUUAUCUGGUUACAGUGACCAUUUUCUGCUAGCAGUAAAAUAAUACAAUUGCUAUGUCCUUUGUAUUUAAAGAUAUCUAAUGGUAAUGAUAACCCUAAAUUUUUUUAAAGGAUUUUCAAAUGGGGUGGCCUCAUGUGGUAGUUAGGUUUCAUACUUUCUUUUACUAAAACAAAUUAAGAAAAGUGUUGAUAGAUCCUUAUUCAAAUGUUAGGUUAUCAGGGGUGUUUUCAAAGAUUAUUAAUCUAAAUUUUGGAUUAAACUAAUGUUUUCCCUUCUGUAGGAGUUUUUUAAUGAGAAGACUGCUUCUAGACUGUGUGUGGUGGCCCACAUCUGAGUCUCAGCUAUUGGGGAGGCCAUAGGUAGGAGGAUCAUUACCUGAGGCCAGCUGGAGGCACAAACUCCAGCCCUGCCCUGAAAUAUAACUAAAGCAAAAAAAGAGGAGGGGGCUGGAGGUGUGGCUCAAUUGGUAGUGUGCUUGCCUACCACGCUCAAGGCCCUGACUUCAAGGCCCAGGACGCACAGCCGCUUAAAAAAAAAAAAGAAAGAAAGAAAGAAAAACAAGACUUUCUCAUACUCAAAGUGCAGUUUUCGUUUGCAGUAUAUAAUGCCAUCUCAGUAAAAAGGUAUUUAGAAUUAGUUGAAAACUUUCUAUAGUAUUGUAGAAUCUUUCUACCCCAAAAAUCAGGUGCAUUUUUCUGAUUUACUGCUCAUGAUAAUCUUGCAAGGGCUCAAGUAUCAGCAUUGUAGAAAUUUAAAACUGAGACUCAGAAGGUCACACAGCCAGGAAUCUGACUCCAGUCCUAGAGCGAUUAUAUACACACACUAUGCUGUAUAUAUAUUUUGAUUUAUUUUUGUGAAGAGCACAUUGUGUCUUGGAGCCCUUGGGUUUGCCAGAAGCAGUUACUGAAGCUUAAUAUUCCAUUUUAGAUUAAUCUCUCUUCCAUUUUAAAGGAAAAAGUAAAAGAACUUUAGGAAAGGAAAGAUAGUUGGCUGAAUUCUGUUUUGAGUAACCUGAGGUGGGAUUCCUUGAUAAGAGCACCUGCUGCCUUUUUAGUGUUAGGUGUUCUUGAGCGAAAGAGAAUUUGUGGUCUAAUUUGAGGUGUCUGACAGUUUGAAUCUAAAGAAAAGUAUAUAAUUGACUUCCUUGUAAUGGAACUAGGAAAUUUAGGAUGCAAAACUUUAGGUUUUAGGAUUAAGGAAGGGAAUAUUGAUUGUAUAUGGGUGUGACAGUGAGGAAGUUGUGCUGAAAUAGUGAAAGAAAUUUGAUACAAAUAUGUAAUGAGAUAAUGGAGGGUUUUGAAUUCUAGAUUUAGGAAUUUGGAAUUAAUCCAGUAUGCAGUAAGGAGCUAUCUAUGAAUUCUUCAUUGUGAGAGGGAAAUAAAUUUUGGCAACAACCAAAACAACUGGUACAGAAGUUAACUUGAAAUAUUUAAGGAAGGAAAUUAUGAAAAAAAAAAAUAGUUGGUCAGACAGCAGUGGGAAUGAGUUGAGACCAUUUUUCCAGAGAACCAGGAGAAUAAUGGUGUCAUUGAAAUAAAUAGGUCCAUAAAGCAAUUUGCUUGGAGCAUGUAUAACAAGUUAACAAACAUUGUGAGUGAAAAGUCCUUUUGGAGCUAGGAGUAAGGUUGGCACUUGAGCUGUGCUUUUGCCUGUCAUCUUCAUGAAAGUAAUGAAUUGUUGCUUCAUACCACUUCAACCAAAAUUAGGAUUUUUAUCUAAAAAUUUCAAUGCCUUUAUAGAAAUUAAGAGGAGUGGAAAUAAAUCUUUAUAUAGUGUAUUUGGUUGUACUGCUUAUUCUUGCCUUUUCAGGACUUGUUCUGGCUUAUUGAAUAGAUGGAAUUUUUUUUAAGGACUCCUAGAGUUCUUCUUCUUAAUAUGAGAUGAUUGGAUGGCAAAAUUGUAAAGGAAAAUAAAAAUUCAUCUGCGUUGAUUGGAAUGAGUGUAUUAAAAUAGUUUAAGAGUAGGUGAAAAUAUGAGGAGGUUUUUUUCCCUUCUGAAGUUUAGUUACCCACCUAUCUUGGUAACUGCAUCCAUCCAAAAAAGAAAAAAGAAUCUCACUAAUAACUGCAAAGCCCUGAGUCCAAACCCCUGUACUGUCCAAAAAAAAAAAAAAAUCUUAAAUUAGGGUUUAAAAAUUUGUGAAAUUCUAAAAUAAUGAGGGAGAUGCCAUAUACUUUAGCUUUAAAAACACUUAGUUCAGCUGCAGGAAUUUAAUUUCACAUAUCAAAUCAACGUGUUAAAAAGAAUGAAACUUUUCCUGUAGGUAUAGUAUUAAGCUUAAGUUGUGUCUUGGGUUUAACAUUUGAGAUUCUUUCACUGAAGUGUGCUAAUUUGCUCAGUAUAACUAGAAGGCAGGUUUUUGAAAAGGGGCAGUGCAAGUAAUUAUACCCACAACACAUAACUAUAAUUUUACAGAUUUGUCUGAUAUGCUUAAUGCUUUGUAUCAUUCCUAAAAUAAGAAAAAGGCCUUGAUCUGAAAGUGUAUCAAGAGAUUUAAAUAAGGAUGAGUCAUUUUUAAAAGGACAAAGACAAACUUUGACCACGGAAUUACUUUUGUAAGUGAACCAACCUUAUUUACCUCUAUAAUUUGCAGUAUAACAAGUAUGAAAUGGCAUGAAUAAUCAACAUAGUAGUUUCCCAGAACCUGACUGGAUAUGGAAAAACCUUUUGUAUUGUUACUGAUAGGGGCUCAGUCAUCAUAUAAUUAACCCUGGUACCUUUACAAAACCUGUGUAGUCCCUGCUAAGUGAAUUAAUAAUGGUUAUUAUUUGUUCGUAUGUCUAAACAGAUUUAGUAAGACAGAAGUGGAGAUGAGAAAUAGUAACAAUCAGAUGUAGAAGAGAUUAUAAACACUAUAAAAUUGAGAGGCAAAUAAUGAAAGGAAAUGUGGUUCCUCUUUAUUUCUUUAACUGAUCUGCCAUAUAGAUAUAUAACCCUUCCUUAUUGUGUUGUGACUAGAAAAAAAGGUGUAAGUGACCUGACCUGAGAGGAAAAAAAAAUUUUUUUUAAACCAAGGGUCUUGUCAUCUGACAUUCAAGAUUCAUAAAAUACUCCAUAACCCCAGAAGAUGAGCAUAAGCCAAGAAUGCUGUGAUUGGUUCUUAGUUUAACUUUAGUUGCUUUUAAUAUAGCUAAACCACAUUAGUUUGUAUAGGCUUCUUUUCACUGCCUUCGAAAUGAUCACUUACGCACUAGCUUUUUUAGCAUUGUGAUUUAUCAUGAUAAGCUGGCAGGUUUAUGGGCCACAUUUAAAUUUUGUACAAAUAAUUAUAAACUUUACAGGAAAUUUCACAAUUUGGCAUGGGUUUAAAUUUGAUUAUAAAUCCCAGUUACUAAUCAUUUAUUACAAAAGUUCUCAAAAUUAUUCCAAACCUUAGAGAAAAUAUAGACAUACGGUUUUAAAAUAUCUGUCAGCCUUUACAGAUAAUAAACCACAUAAACCUGAAUGCAUCAGACAGAUAAUGAUCUUAAAAUAAAGGAAAUUAUAAAUUGUAAAUAAUUAGUAUCCUUCUUUUUAAGGGGUUGCUCUAAUAAUAGGUUUAAAGGGAGGCUGAAAGUAUUUCUUUUAUCAGUCUAACUUAUUAAGAAAAGUACCUGUCAUACCCAAGACUAUGGGGACUUUUUUUUUCCUUUGUGCUGCUAGAGUUAGAACUCAGAGCCUCUUGGUUGCUAGAUAGGCACUCUAUCACUUGAGCCAUGACUCCAGCCCAGAACUUUUAUUUUUGUGUGCUGAAAAAUUAGAAUUGAGUAAAUACAAAAUGUUGCUUACAAGUCCUAAAGAAUGAAGUUCUUAAAAUUACAAAUAUUGUAAGAUACAUGAGUAAUCUAAGUAAAUUCCUCUUUGGGACAUAAAAUGUAAAUCCACUACUGUAUUUCUCUGGAAAGCUCCAAUUUUAUAAAGUGUAGGAAAAUAGAUUUUUAGAAAGCUUGUUUUACAAGCUUAUACUCAUGUAUACUUGAAUAUGUAUAAAUUUGGCACUGUUACGUGGCGUAGAAUUUCCGUGGCCUUAAUAUUAAAGUGAGUUGUAAUGUAGUGUUCAUAUUAGUUUGUAUUUAUUUUUGUAAGUAUUAAAAUGCCAUAUUUUGGCAUUAUAAUACUAAUAAGCAUAUAUUAUUAAAGACCUCAGUUACUGCUCGAUGUAGGACUUACUCAUGUUCUGCAGCAACUUGUGCUUAUAACAAACAGCAAAACAAAAACCUGUUGUGCUCUGAGAACUUUCUGCCUGGCUUCCUCGGGUUAGAGUAUGUAAGGUAGACUAGAAGCCUAUUUAAGAUUUCUGUUAAAACCUGUGAUACUAAAGGAGACCCUGUUUAAUCCCCAAUACAGAAAAAAAAAAUUGUUGAUAAGUCAUUAAUCUGCCCACUUCAGCUAGGUACCACAUUUACUUUUUGGAUUCAGGAACCAGUACUAAAGAAUUUGUAGAAUUCCUUGACCAGUUCUAAAAACAGGUUAGUAUGGGAAAGCAGAGUAGUUUUAUUUACAAUUUAAGUUACUGAGUUCUAAAUACUUAUUUGCAUUUCUUUUUUAAAAAGUUGAAAUUAAGUCCAUCCUGUAGUCCCAGAUACUUAGGAAACUGAGACAGGGGGACUGAUUGCUUGAACCAGCCUAGGCAAUAUAGUGAGCUCAUCUUAAAAACAAACGAACAAAAAAAAAACCUGUAAAGUUAAGGUUAUUCCAUAAUAAAGACAGGUAAAGAGAAAAGGAUUAUCUAACAUUUGGUUCUAUAAGGCACUUACUGUAAACUCAUUUCCAAUGCAUAGUUUAGUGAAAAUAGCAUUUAUUUGGUGAUAGUGUUUGAGAAAUUAGAUACUUUAAAAUGAUAAAUAUCAGUAAGACCAUCUGUGUAAAGACAACCACCAGUUCUUAUGUAGGUCGUAUUUUGACUUUAUACAAAAAUAUUUAUAUUUGUAUUUUAGCUUUUAGGUUAAGUUUACUGACAGUUACAGGAUAUAGGAGAGGCAAGAGGACUUAACCUCUGGUGAUUCCAGGAAAAAAUUCAUACAGAUUUAAAUUUCCUGGAAAUGGGGGAAGAGGGUAGAUAACAAAGGAGAUCGGGUAUUUGUGUCACCCUCAAAUAAAAAGCAAAGCUUCUGGUCUGGGGAUGUAAGUCAGUGAUAAAGCGCUUGCCUAAAUCCCCAGCACCACCAAAAGGAAAAACCAAAGCUUCUUCACCAAUGUGUUGAUGUCUUUUAAAAGACCAUCCUGUUAUACCUUAAUGCUAUGUUGCUAUUCCAGUACUGGAAUUUAAAGUUUAAUUUUUUAAGAUAUUACUGAGUUACCUUGUUUACAUUAAUUCUCCAGGAGUGAUCAUUUUUUAGCAACUAUUAAAGUUGUGUUUAUGAGGAGACUUGAAAAUAAGAUAUACAUAUAUUUGGACUGUUAAAUUUUUGUCAUGUACUAGAAAGCUUCAUAUAUUUGAGAGUAAAUUUUAGGGUUUAAUGUUUAUUUCUAUCCUAGUAAAAUUAAAGGUUUAUAGUGCCUGAAAGCAAAAGCCUUCUACUGUGUAUGUAUAACACAGGCAGUAAUGAUGUUCAUAGAUAGUAUUCUACCCACUGUUAUUCAACAGUAGUAUAAAUGAAUUUGCCCAGAGGGUCUCUUUUAUAGAAAGGAAAGUCAGAGGGAGAUAUUUCAGUUUAGUGCUCAACCAGCCUAAGAGUAAUUUCGAUUACAAGCAGAUUAGCCAUACCUUUACUGAAUGUGGUGCUCCAGGCAUCUGUCCAGUAAUUUAGGGAGUGUCUUAAGAUGUGGUGGGAAGACUUAAUGGUAGACAGCUAAAUGGGAAGGUUGGUAUUAAACAGAAAGGUAGUUUUAUAGUUCAGUUUGUUUUCAUCUGAAAAAAAAUGGAUAGACAUACUACCAUUUUUUACUGUUCUUGAUAUUAAAAAAGUCCUUGACAUUAAGUUUGAAGGAAAGCUGUUAAAAGAAAGCUGUGUAAAUGAAAAUUGGAUUGAAAUUGGGAUAAUUAUUUAGAUUAAUAAUGAAGUCUAAAAUGGACAGAGAAACCAAAUUACCCAUUCUGGUUUGGUCAUGACAGCCUUAUAUUUCUCAAAUGAACUUUUAAUCAGUUAUAGUUUAUUUGUAUAGUUUUGAUGCACACCCAUUAUAACUUCUUGUACAUUAUAAUAUAUCCUGAGUGGGAUAGCAUUAUUAAAUGGUGCAUUUGCACAAACAUGUAUUUUAGGAAUUUACAAAGCAAAGGGGAAAUGUUAGAAACUUUGCUUCUUCUUCCCCCCUGGUUUUUAAAAUAUGCUUGUCUUUGCAAUGUUUAUUUCUGGUGGUAGAGUCAGAAUGAGCAAAGAUAGUGGUAAAAUAAAAUUAGGAGGAGGUGUUAGUGAUUUUACCAAUUUUUUUUUUACUUUGCUCCUUGGCUUGUAUGCUGUAAUGUGUGAGUUUAGAUAGGUGUGUAGAAAUACAGGUAUGUAAGAAAUAAAAGAUUUCUUAGCAUGACUUACUGAAAGCUUAUUCUAAGAUCAGUAAGAAUCUUUAGGUUAUAAAAUAGUGGAAACUUAAUACGUAGGUGGGGGAAGUUACAGUUAAUGGUAGAUUUAUGUUUGGAUUGAAUAUAUAAAAAGUGUUCACAGUUUAGGAACUAGAAUGGAACAUGAAAGGGGAGGAGGGUAAAGAGUAUGGUUUUAAAAAAAAACCAUUUAGAGAAAUUCAGUAAAUUCUCUUGGUUAGAAAAUACACUUUUGAACAAUUUUAAAGACUAUAAAAGUGGGUUUUUUUGUUUUUUUGGUUUUUUUGUUUUUUUAAAUAAACUAGUUAUUUGCACUUUACCUGCUGGCCUUUCCAUUUGGUAGAUAACAUUCUGAACUCCAGCAGAGUUUUAUAAUCCCCACGUGCUUAAAUAUACUAAAUGUUCUUUUUCCAUUAAGGUUAAUGUUCGUGAAGAAAUUGAAGAGUUUUUUCCAAGAAUGUGGAAGAUAAAUCAAGAUAAAAGAAGGCUAAUGAAAAGUAUUAAAGAUCAGAAAAUUAAAAUUGAAUGGGGGAAAAAAUUGAACAGAAGAUUGGUCAGAUAGAAGCACUUGAAUAUUUUUUAAGGCUAUUUUGAAUUGUUUGAAUUGGGGAAGAAUACACGAAGUAUGAAAAAUGAAAAACUCAAUGAAGAAUGAAGAGAAGUAGAAAGCAAGAGUGAAGUAGAAUUAAAAGAAUCUGGAAGAAUGAAUGGGUCCUAGGAGUCUCGCUCUCAGUCAAAAUCUCCAACGGGAACUCCUGCUCGUGUAAAAUCGGAGAGCAGGUCAGGAUCUCGUAGUCCAUCAAGGGUUUCCAAACAUUCUGAAUCCCAUUCUCGAUCAAGAUCAAAAUCCAGGUCAAGGUCAAGGAGGCAUUCACAUAGACGUUACACUCGAUCCAGAUCUCACUCUCACAGGAGACGAUCUCGAAGUAGGUCCUAUACACCAGAAUACCGGCGGCGAAGGAGCCGAAGUCACUCUCCAAUGUCUAACCGGAGGAGACAUACAGGGAGCAGGGCAAAUCCAGAUCCCAACACUUGUCUGGGGGUAUUUGGCCUAAGUUUGUACACAACAGAGAGAGAUCUUCGUGAAGUAUUUUCUCGAUAUGGACCAUUGAGUGGUGUCAAUGUAGUUUAUGAUCAGCGUACUGGGCGAUCCCGUGGAUUUGCUUUUGUGUAUUUUGAGAGAAUAGAUGACUCCAAAGAGGCUAUGGAAAGGGCAAAUGGAAUGGAGCUAGAUGGUAGAAGAAUUCGUGUGGAUUAUUCUAUCACCAAGAGAGCCCAUACACCUACACCAGGCAUCUACAUGGGCAGACCUACUCAUAGUGGUGGUGGAGGUGGUGGUGGCGGCGGCGGUGGCGGUGGUGGUGGUGGCAGACGUCGAGAUUCUUACUAUGAUAGAGGAUACGAUCGAGGCUAUGACAGAUACGAAGAUUAUGAUUACCGGUACAGAAGAAGAUCACCUUCUCCUUAUUAUAGUCGAUACAGAUCACGAUCAAGAUCUCGUUCCUACAGCCCAAGACGCUAUUGACAAUGGAAUGGUUGCAGUUCAGGAUGUUAUUUCUCUUUAUUUUCCAUUUCUCUCUCUUUUUUUAAUUCUGGAUUUCCCCAAGCUUUUAAAUCCUUCCUAGUGCAAAAUUCCUUGGUUUAUUUAGCAUCUACACUUUGUCAGUUGUGUUGCUGUUUUCCAUCCCAUUUGUUAUACUGUUAAAGAUGAAAUUGUUGUCAUUUGGAGUAGUUAAACAUACUGAGUAAAAAAACCCAGUGUUAUGCUUUCUAAGUGAUUUUUCUUUGCCUUUACAGAGAAUUAUCUCCUAGCUAAUUAGAUAAGGAAAAAAAAGAUCUUUUUUAAAGCUUUUUUGUCAGAUACUGUAGUAGACAUUGUACUAGAGACCUGCAUUUAUGACGAACUCAUUUUUUAACUUUCUCUUAAGGAAGAUAGUAACACAUGAAGUAGUUCAGUCAUGUCAGGUUUGUCUGAGCAGCAUGGAACAAAUAGUUGAGUGUAGAAAGUUUGAAUCUUCAGAAGAAAACACUUGGACAUUUCUUUUAAAGAAUGUAAUUUUAAAUCCGAAAAAUUAAGUCACUUUUUAGAGAUGAAAAAGCUUGUAGACUCCUACCGAACAUGUUGUGUUUGAAAUACAUCUGUUAAACUUUACAAACUUAAAGUGUGAUUUUUGUGUUAAAUUUACUGAAGUUUAUUCCCUUAAAUCAGUGAAGGACGACCCUUAUUUAUUACCUAGAGCAAUUGUAUAAUUUGCUGUUAGAAAUUUUGGUUUGGAACAUUGGUUAAGCAGGCUGUUGUAUAGAGUUGUUAGAAUAUACAUUUGGGGAAAAGUAGUCUCCUUUAAAAUAAAGGUUAAUUUCUUUGAAAAUGGGAUUGAUUGUUUAUUUUGACACAGUGGAAAAACAAUAACUGGAUUAAUUUGCAAACCAUUUCUUUUCCCCACAUUCCCCAAUUUAUGUAUUCCACAGUCUAUAAUGAGAAAGAUAACAUGGGAGGGUAUUUCAUGUGACCUUUUUAAAAAAAAAAAAACAAAACUGGUAUGCACCGGGUACUGGUGGUUUCAGGCCAGUUUUCCUAGCUACUGAG